UGUCUAAAGCACUGCCUCCUUUCCUAGACAACACACACAACUUAGUGCACCUGCUGGGUGUAAACCAGCAGUCACUACUUUUUCUUACCCUGAAACUCUGAACAGAAGCAGUGCAGGCUGACCGCAGUGCUAUCUGGAUAAGAUCAACUAGGAGAGAAUGGCCUCCACCAUCAGCCUCCUCCCCGAGAAGCACUUCUUGUGCUCUCUGUGUAGAAACAUCUUCACCAGCCCAGUUACCAUCCCAUGUGGACACAGCUUCUGCUUGUCCUGCCUCUGCCACUACUGGGCACGACACCAGUCCAAAUACUGCCCCCACUGUAAGAGAGUGUUUACUGACAAGCCUGACCUCAGUGUCAACCGCAUUCUGGCAGAUGUCUCAGACAACUACAGGAAGACUCGACCACAGAAACCACCUGAUGAGGAAGUGGUGCUAGAUGUUGAGGAAAUGAUUCAGGAAAGGCUGCAGAAGAUAGAGAGAUUGAAAUAUUCUCUGGAGGUUCAAAAGAGCUCUUACCUCAGAGAGGUGCGAGAGAGCCAGAAGGUCUUCUCUGCCUUGGUAAAUGCCAUGGAGAAGAGCCACAAAGCAGUCGUUUCUGCAAUUGAGGAGAGGCAGAGAGACGAGGAGAGGAGAGUACAGACACUGGUGAGAGAUCUGGAGCAGGAGAUCCAUGAGCUGAGGAAGGAGACCUCUGAAUCUGAUCUUCAGAUUCCUGUGACCGGAGAUCAAAGCGACGAAACAAAGCAAGUUACAGUGAACAUCAUUUCCACCAUCUCCCCCUCUGACAUGAAGGACUGGUCUAAGGUUACCAUAGAAACUGAUCCUUGCAUUGGGGUCACCAGACGAGCACUGUCAGACGUGAUGGAUAAGAUAAAAGUAGAAGUCAACAGGCUCUCUAAAUCUGAACUUAAGAGAACAGAGAAAUAUACAGUGGAUGUCAAUCUGAGCGCCAAGACAGCCCACCCCUUCCUCUCUGUCUCAGACGACAGAAAACAGGUGAGACACACAGACAAGCUUCAGGAGGUGCCGGAUCACCCCAAGCGCUUUGACCGUGUGGCAAACGUGCUGGCUAAGGAGAGCUUCGGCAGCGGGAGGAGCUACUGGGAGGUGGAGGUCGGGGACAAGAUCGAGUGGAACCUGGGCGUCGUCAGCCAGUCCAUAAACAGGAAGGGCAAGUUCACCGUCUGUCCCGCAAACGGUUUCUGGACUUUAAGCCUGAAAGCUGGAGGUCAGUAUACUGCCAACACCUCUCCCGUCACCCCGCUGGCUCUGGAGCAGAGGCCCAAGAAGGUGGGUGUGUUUCUGGACCACUCGGAGGGCCGUGUGUCCUUCUACUGUGCAGAAUCUGGAGUCCACAUUUAUACCUUCACAGACACCUUCACUGACCGGCUUCAUCCAUUCUUCAGUCCUGGUCGCCUGCAUGGAGGCAAAAAUGCUUCUCCUUUAAUCAUCUGUUCUAGUUUUUGCAGCAUCUGAACCUCAGUCCAU